CACCGCUAUCAAAACAGCUGUUUCGCCUGCUUUUCACCGCCAGCAAGUUGGCCAUUUACCUGGCUUUACACUUUAAAAUUUACCUGAACAGUGGAUAAUACUAAAAUAAAUUUUUUAAAAUUGUGUGUAAAACGCCUUGUAUUCGUAUCUACAGAAGCAUAUCUGUACAGAACAUCCUUUUGGAACACAAGAAUCCAAUCAGCUGUUGCGUAAUUUAAGCGGCACGUUUUUGAAGUCCCAAAAUUAAGGUGUAAUCGCAGCGUGCCUCAGAUUUAACAUUCGAAGAGACAAGACACCAACAUCAUGGCCAAGUACAUCGCCCAAAUCAUCGUACUGGGCGCACAAGCUGUGGGAAGGGCCUUCACCAAAGCUCUGCGCCAGGAGAUAGCCGCAUCCCAGGAAGCGGCACGUCGGGCGGGCGGUGGUCAAAAGGGCGACAAAAGUGCCGAGUCCAACCUGCGGACAGGCAUGACGCUGGAGGAGGCCAAGCAAAUCCUGAACGUGGACGAUGUGAAGAGUGUGGACUGCAUUGAAAAUAACUACAAACACUUGUUUCAGGUAAACGAGCGGUCCAAAGGCGGCUCCUUUUACCUCCAGUCGAAGGUCUUUCGGGCCAAAGAGCGACUUGACCAUGAAACUAAAGCCCACCAGGCGCAACAACCGAAGCAGGAGACGACGGAAGCGACGCAAGAAGAGCCUCAAAAAAGUGCGCGGCAGGGACGCUGAGUAUGCGUAUUGUCUCCAUCGAACUAAUUAGUUAAUAAUUGAUUUAAAUACUAUUUGUUAAGUACAAAAACUGAAAGUCUGUUGAUGUAAAUAGAGUUUUACGAACAUGGAA